UGAGCCUGACGCAGGAGGAAGUGACCGCGCACCUCUCAGUGUUCCGAACAGAUCCGAACGGAGCCGGAACAUUUCCAGAUCAGAGAAAAAAGAAACCUUCAUCAUCAUUAUUAUCGUCGUCGUCAGCAUCUGAACGUUUAAAUUAGUUAUUUUGUGACUGGAGUCUGGUGGUGAGAGGCCCGCUGAGGGGGAAUCCCGACGGCCUACCGAGGGGGCGUGACCACCGGCUGUGUUCGUGUGUGUGUGUGUGUGUGUAUGUGUGUGUGCAGCACGUGCGCCCUCAGUUAGGACUACACACUCGGAGUUGAUCCUGCUUUUCUGCGCGUCCGAUCAGCUUCAGAUUGAUCUGUGCUCCUCUGGAUGAUCGAUCUGCGCUGAUCAGCAGCGGAUUUAUUUCCUGCCCGCAGUCCUCCGUCUGCUCUGCAUCCUGUUUCUUCAGAGCUGAAACGCGUCGUUAGGAUGAGCCGCGCAGCUUCACUCGAGCUUCAGUCGAACGGUGCGGCAGUGACGGCCGGCGGCCUGUAGGGGGCGAUGGCCGCUGGCUACAGCAGCCGGGACAUCGUGGACGACUUCCUGCGCUACAAGCUGCUCAAAAGCGGCGUGAACUGGCGCCGCGCAGGCGGUCAGCGCAGACACGACGCAGCUGCGUCAGCGUCGUCAUGGAGAUCUGCGCGAACGAUGACGUCACACCGAGGAGUCCCUCCCAAAGACUCUGAGCAAGACCUCAGCUUGGCCCCGCCUCGGCUGCAGGUAGUCCUGCGCUGUGCCGGUGACGAGCUGGAGCAGCGUUACCGUGGCGACCUGUCUGCGCAUGUGUCGGUGCUGUUGCUGUGCGAUGGCGGCGGGGCGGCGCGACGGCGAGGCCUGACAGCCGUCAGGGAGGAGCUGUUCAGGGACGGAGUUAACUGGGGACGUAUCGUGGCCAUGAUGGAACUGGGCGGAGCUCUGUGCGCGCAGGUGGUCAAGACCGACGGGGCGUGGCAGGUGGAUGACAUCGCUGGGUGGAUGGAGGAGAGUCUGGACUCGCCGCCACUCCGGGGAUGGAUAGAAGACAACGGAGGAUGGGAUGCCUUUGUGGACUUGUAUGGUGAGUCCAGACCUGCAGCCAGUUCCUGGUCCCUGAGGACAGUGUUUGGACUGGCUGUACUGGGAGCAGCUGGGAUCACACUGGGAGCCCUCUUCACCCAGAGAUAAAGCUGGUCUGAUACGGUUCGGCCAGCUGCCUCGGCGCUGCAGUUCCUCUAACCUCCAUCGCCUGCUGUGAUACAUUGAAGUGAAUCAGAAAACAUCUUUCUGCCAAUUUAAAGUCAGGACAGAUUUAACGGCACAUUCACUGAGCUUCUUCUUCUGUCCGACUGAAGGAGGAUUUUUUUUGUCGCUGCUCGGCUUGUCCCUCCUCAGGUAACAGUAGAGUCUGGACAGAACUCAGAACUGGACUGGAGUAUCUGUCAGCUGUUUGAUGGAUCUAACACAAAAAUACUCUUUUAUAUCUUAGAAUGAUCUGAAUGAAUUCAUUGCUGUCUUUGUUACAUGGACUGAAGUUGGAGUUAAUAAAAUCAGAAGGAUUUUAAAGGAUUUUAUACACAAAUUAAUGGGGUUUAAGGGGUAAAGGCUAUAAUUUACCAUCUUAUUCUGAAGUUUCAGCUUAAUUGAAAAACAAAAAAUAAAAUCUGAGUUGUAGUAAACUGUACAUAAAUAAAUGAAUGGAUGCCUCUU